AUGGACGUUGGUGUCGAGCCGCCAGCCUCGCCACCGCCGAGGAGGCUGGGGAGAGAGCGACGACUGGUGGGGAUCAUCGACCGCUGGAGGAAAAGGCGACGGUCUCAAGGUGCCCUAGUUUUGGAAGCGUCCCCCAUCAGUUUGGCGAGAAGAUGGAGGAGCCGCAGUGGUUCUGAAAACACUGCAAGCGGCCCCGUGACCAAGCAGGACAGCCAGGCAGUGCGGGCGGAGGUGGCCGCUGGCGGCCGAGGCGCAGGGUCGCUGGGGGCUUGGGCGAACGCCCCCCCGCCAGUGCUGCCAGGCCCUAAGCCUGUUGCCAGGGGCGAGGAGCCCGCGGAGGAGGAGCUCUCCAGGAUGGUCGGCCACGAUGUUUGA